AUGGAUCCGCUGCGAAUCUCUACAUUGUUAAUCGACCAAGGCAAGGGACCAGUUAGUCUUAAACUGGAUUUUAAAGAUUUGGAUAUCAGUAACCUUAAAUCAGUUAUUAUUGACAAAAUUCAUUAUAAUGCAGAAACUUAUAGUUUGGAUGCUGAAGUACAUCCCCAAAAAUCUAUAAUGUUGGAUGGAGAUUAUGAAACAAAUGGAAAAGUAUUAAUUCUUCCAAUUGUAGGAAAGGGAAGAUGUAAAAUUGUCAUAGAUGUCUCAAAAUUUGUUGGCACUGUUCAAAUGAAACCAGUCGUAAAGAACGGAAACAAAUAUUUAGAAAUUGUAAAGAUAGCAUGGAAAUUCACACCUACGAAUAUGAAAAUUAAAUUAGACAAUUUGUUUAAUGGAGAUAAAGCUUUAGGAGAUAACAUGAACGUGUUCCUAAACGAGAAUUGGCGUGAACUUUUAAAAGAACUGCAACCGGCUAUCGAAGAGGUUUUUGGCCAGGCCUUUGGACAAAUUGCUCAAAGCUUUUUAUCCCGUGUUCCGGAAAAUCAAAUAAUCCUAGAAUAA